CAAAGCCACAGGGCAUUCUCCUCGUAUGAAUCACCAGUCAACAUCACCGCGCUGCUCUGUAUAAAUACCUAGCGGUGGCCAACGGUCCCUGCUGCACUUCAUCAACUGGGAAGGCUACAAGGCUAGAUCUGAGGUCUUUUCUUUGCAUCCUGAAAUCUGGUCUCAGAGAGCCACACAAGAUGAGGGUCUGUGGAUCAGUGGCAGUUCUGUCUCUUUUCUGCGUCUUAUCCGAGAGUAUUUUGCCCCCUUCCAAAGAAGACCUCGGCCAGAUCUCAGUCCAGGGAGAGAAGUAUCUGGACGAACAGAUCGAGAAUGCCAUCACUGGGGUGAAGGAGAUGAAGUCUGUGAUGGAGAAAUCAGGAGAGGACCACAAGAAGCUCCUUACCGUCCUGGAGAAGACAAAACAACAGAAAGAGGAGGCUCUGAAGACAGCUCAGGAGAUGGAGACCAAGCUGGAGGAGGAGCAGGAGGUGUGCAACGACACCAUCAAGGCCCUGUGGGAGGAGUGCAAGCCCUGCCUGAAGAACACCUGCAUCAAGUUCUACUCCAGGACCUGCUCCAGCGGCUCCGGCCUGGUGGGCAGACAGCUGGAAGAGGUUCUCAACAGAACCUCUCCCUUCUCCAUCUGGAUCAACGGUGAGAGCAUCGACACGCUGGCCAAGGAGGACCAGCAGCAGAGCCGCGAGUUCCAGGAUCUGGAGGAGCGCUACUCCGAGGUGGCCGACGGUGUGGACGGCAUCUUCCGUGACAGCAUGCAGGUGUUUGACCAGAUGCGCUCCUUCCACCACCCCUUCUUCGCCAGCCCUUUCGGCGCGCCCGUUGUCCUUGGCCGCUCCCGUGUCUACCGGUCCCCGAUCGAAGAACCGCACUUCCGUGGCUUCCAGAGCAUGUUCCAGCCAAUGAUGGACAUGGCCCGGAACGUCUUCGGUUCUCUAGGACCUUACACGGGCAGUGAUGGGGACCUUGGAUUUGACCCAUCUGGAGAUGGCAGUGCGAAUGAGGACGUUGUCAUUACCAAGCCCUUCGGCAAUAACCACAUGACCUGCAGGCAGAUUCGGAGGAACUCGGCCGGCUGCAUCAAACUCAAGGAGGAAUGCGAGAAAUGCAAGGCAAUCCAGCACAUUGACUGUUCUGGAAAGAAGCCUCUGGAAGGGCCAGUGAAGGAGCAGCUGGAGAGGGCUCUGGAAAGGGCAGAGGGGUUUACUCAGGAGUACAACAGGCUCCUGCGCAAGUUUGAGGAGGAGAUGUUUAACACUUCGAGACUGCUGGACAUGUUCAACAAGCAGUUCGGCUGGGUCUCCACUCUCGCCAACAACACCCAGACCAAAGAUGGAUUCUUCCAGGUUAAAACGAUCCUGAGCAGGAGCAGUGAGGAUUCUAAAGAGCCAAGCGACACCAACGUCUCAGUGGCAGCUGUUCAAACCGUUCCCCCCAUGACCUUCACUGUGCCAGGGGACAUCCCCUGGAGUGACCCCAAAUUCUCAGAGGUGGUGGCACAGGAAGCUCUGGACCGCUACAAGCAGACCACCGUGGUCGCAAAAUAGACGUCAGCGAUUCCAGCAGAGAGCUGCUGCAGCUGUGGUGGUGAAUUCCAAAUAUUCCCUUUGCGAGGAUAGGAGAGAGAAAAAAAAAAAAAGAAAAAGUCAUCUUCAAGGAGCUUAU